CUGCAGCUUCUAGGACCCAGUUUCUUUUAAUGAUUUAAAACAAAACAAACAAAAAAAUAAAAAAAUUGUGCCUGAAAUGAAUCUUGUUUUUUUUAUAAGUAGCCGCCUGGUUCCUGUGUCCUGUAACAUGCAGGCACUUGACCCUUGGUGUAGCUUCUGUUCAACUUUAUAUCACGGGAACGGAUUGGUCUGAUUUCUUGGCCCUCAUCUUGAAUUGGCCAUACGCAGGAUCCCUGGCCAGUGGACUGGAAGCUUUGUCUAAGAUGACAAGGGUCAGCUCAGGGGAUGUGGGGGAGGGCGCUUUUAUCUUCCCCGUUGUCAUUUGAGGUUUUGAUCUUCUCUGGGUAAAGAGGCCAUUUAUCUUUGUAAACACAAAACAUUUUUGCUUUCUCCAGUUUUCUGUUAAUGGCGAAAGAAUGGAAGCGAAUAAAGUUUUACUGAUUUUUGAGACACCAGCACCUAGCGCUUUCAUUAUUGAAAUGUCCUGAGUGGGAGGGGCGGGUUUGGGUGCGGCCAGCAGCUUGACUCUCGGGUCGGAGGCCCACGUGGCCGGGGCGGGGACUCGGGCGCCCGGGGCGCCGACUGAUUACGUAGCGGGCGGGGCCGGAAGUGCCGCUCCCUGGUGGGGGCUGUUCAUGGCGGUUCCGGGGUCUCCAACAUUUUUCCUGGUGGUGGUUCUAAACCCGUCCGCAGCGGAGGCACCGGAGCUUGAGGUUCUUGCUGGUGUGAAAUGACUGAGUACAAACUGGUGGUGGUUGGAGCAGGUGGUGUUGGGAAAAGCGCGCUGACAAUCCAGCUAAUCCAGAACCACUUUGUAGAUGAAUAUGAUCCCACCAUAGAGGAUUCUUACCGAAAACAGGUGGUUAUAGAUGGUGAAACCUGUCUAUUGGAUAUACUGGAUACAGCUGGACAAGAGGAGUACAGUGCUAUGAGGGACCAAUACAUGAGGACAGGGGAAGGCUUCCUCUGUGUAUUCGCCAUCAAUAAUAGCAAGUCAUUUGCAGAUAUUAACCUCUACAGGGAACAGAUUAAGCGAGUGAAGGACUCAGAUGAUGUACCUAUGGUGCUAGUAGGAAACAAGUGUGAUUUGCCAACAAGGACGGUUGACACAAAACAAGCCCAUGAACUGGCCAAGAGUUAUGGGAUUCCAUUCAUUGAAACCUCAGCCAAGACCAGACAGGGUGUUGAAGAUGCCUUUUACACACUAGUAAGAGAAAUACGUCAGUACCGAAUGAAAAAACUCAACAGCAGUGAUGAUGGGACUCAAGGUUGCAUGGGGUUGCCUUGUGUGGUGAUGUAACAAGACACUUCUAAAGUUCUAGCAUCAGAAAAGAGCCACUGUCCAGCUGCACUGACGCCCUGGUCCUGACUUCCCUGGAGGAGAAACAAGUAUUCCUGUUGCUGUCUUCGGUCUCACAGAAGCUCCUGCUACUUCCCGAUGCUCCAUAGAUCAGUACCAUGUUCUCUAUCUGAGAAGUUCUCAGAAUAACUACCUCCUCACUUGGUUGUCUGACCAGAGAAAUGAACCUCUUGUUACUCCCCAAUAUUUUUCCACUCUGGGUUCUCCCCAAACACCGCUGCCACCCCAGGUUUUUCAUCUGAAAAGCAAUUCGUGCUCUGAAACAGAACCACACUGUAGACAUGAAAUUCUCUAGAAAACAAUGUCUUGAGCUCUAAUGUAGCAACUGCUGGUGAUUAUCUUUUUUUUCUUUUUACUUUGAACUUGGAACUAUAUUUGGGGGGGAAAUGUCAUAAAUUACUGUUUUGCUGAGAAUAUAGUUAAUGUUGGUGUUUGGUUUGUUUAUAAUGUUAUCGGCUAUAAACUGGCAUCUGCUCUGUAUUCGUAAAUACAAAGGUGAAUACAGACUUUGGAGUCUCUCCUACUCUUCUCGACUUUCAUGCAAUUAAAUCUAACUUUCACAGUGAAGUGCCUUUUUCCUAGAAGUGGUCUGUAUACUUCAGUGGAGCGGAUGUUUAAAAAACCAUUACACGUGGAAGUGAAUGUCUGAGUUAUGUCUGUGACCUCUCUGCCUUUGCGGGAAAGAUGUGCCGAUACAGCAGCAGAUGCCAUUUCUUACCACAUGAAGUUGGCUUUGACCUGUUUUUAGGUUCUCCCAAGAGAAAGUUGAAACUGGAAACAAUUAUAUUUCAUUUGUUUUUUUACCUGUGCUCCACUUUUUUUUGUAGGUUACUAACUAUGAAAUGUAUGUAAUUUGUUUCUUCUAGCUUACUGAUAAUCAGUGAACUUCCAUUUGUAUUUAAAUUUGGGUUCUAUCAGAAAGCUCUACAUUUACAGGUGUGCAAAAUUGUAAACAUUGGAUGCUGUUUUAUUUAAUACUGAGAUCAAUGAUUUUCAAGCCUCAGACAUAAUAUAUUAAUAGACACACUUUCAGUACAUAUCUUGGUAUCUUAGUGAUGUAUAUAAUUGCCCUCAGUCACCUUUUCACCCCACCCCCCAUCCCUCAACUGCAGUUUGAUUCAUUAUUUCAGUUGAUAAAGCAUGGUGCUAAAUGGACCAGGGUUACCGCUUCAAAACGUGAGCAAGCCCGUUAGCAUCACAGAGGGAGAGGGAGCAACUCUUCCACCAGUAACCUCGGCUGGUAGUUUUGCCGAAUGCAUGCUGUUAUCCUGCAAGGAAAGAAAAGGUCAGUUCACACAAGUCCGUUAUCAUGAUGGAAAAGGCUUGGUACCCUGAGGAGGGUCAGCUUAGCAGUCUUCAGAAACCAAGUGUCUAGACCAGCCAUGGGCAAACUACGGCCAGCGUUUGAAAUGAAUAAAACUAAAAAAAAAAAAAAGACCGUACCCUUUUAUGUAAUGAUGUUUACUUUGCAUUUAUAUUAGUUCACACAAACACUCCAUCCAUGCUUUUGUUCCGGCCCUCCGGUCCAGUUUAAGAACCCAUUGUGGCCCUCGAGUCAAAAAGUUUGCCCACCCCUGGUCUAGACUCUUUUUCAGCCGAAACUAAAUGUAGCCAAUAUUUUUGUCAUUAUGUUUUUUAGAAUGAGGGUACCUCCGAUCAAAAUGUUUUAAAAUUUUCUUGACUCAUUAUGUUCUUUGAAGAGUUUAAGACGAGGUGUUGAUGAGUUGGUCUGCAUGCGAGCUAUCAGAAGCUGAGUGUGCUCAGAGCAAGAAGCCGUUCAAUUGGAAUUGCUGUUAAGAAAGGAAUGGAAACCAUAAUGAAUUGUUAGUUUUGAGGCUUUGGGAAACUUGGCUUUUCCAUUUGCAAAUAGUAUCCUGGUAAUUCUAAUGAAAAAUAGACUUAGGUAACUUUUGAUAAAAGCCUAAUUCCAAAAUGGUCACUUUCUGCUCUGGUCUUUUAGUGUCUAAAUACUUACUGAGGUCCUCUGUCUUCUGGUAUGAAGUUUCACUUAUCACACAAACUCCACAUGGCCUUGAAGUGAGUUCAGAAGAGAGGAAGCACUCUAUACUGUGUCCAGAGUUUAAUGAACUCAGAGAGCCGUGCUCCUGCGUGUUCGUUCUGAGUUUUCACAGUGCUGUUGACACCUGGUAGCAGGAACUUGCUGCUGCUUUGUUUCUGCUGCUUUUGGAGCAUUGCUCUGUCAUUUUUCUUUUUCUAAUAUAUGUUUAUUGAUUUCAGAGAGGAAGGGAGAGAGAGAGAGAAACAUCAAUGAUGAGAGAAUCACCAAUCGGCUGCCUCUUGCACGCCCCUUAUUUGGGACCGAGCCCACAACCCCGGGCAUAUGCCCUGGCUGGGAAUUGAACUGUGACUUCUUGGUUCAUAGGUCAAGGCUCAACCACUGAGCCACGCUGGCCAGGCAGGCACUUCGUCAUUUUUCUUGAGGCUGGAUUGAAGCUUGUCACCUCAGUUGCCCUCAUUUGUCCUUGUCUCCCUCUUCCUCCUCUCGUGUAUGUUACUGACAGUAUGAUUCUUUUUCUAAUGUCAACUUAGGGGGAAGGAUAACUGAUCUGGGGCUCUUGUGCCCAUAGCCCUUGUUUGUGCCCAUAGCCCUUAGCCCAUAGCCCUUAUCAUUCACUCAAGUAUGUUGUAAGCACAGAAGUAUCUAAAUGGGGCCAGAAUUCAGACUUGAAAAUGUUCUUUUAAUAGCUUCUUAAGAAGUUAUAUUUAGGUGUGAAUUUUGGCACAGUAGAGUGACAAAGUUACAGUUAAAUGCUGAAAAGCUUCAGUUAGUGUGGUAUAAAGUGUGGUGUUUAGAGUAUGUUUGUAAUUGCUGAAAACAAUUCUAAUUUACCUCAACAUCUGAAAGUCUCUCUCCCCAAGUUAAGUGCCUGGCCAGCUGUUGUAAAUUACACAUUACUUUGUUUUUUAAAGGUUGCACGUUCAAGAGUGUGAAAAUAUGAUGUUCUGUGUAAAGGCUACCACGCCUACCCUGUUAAGUGCUGUAUUUGCUCCCACAGCUUCCUAUAGGAUGUUACUUGGUAAUAUGGUAUCAUACUUGUUACAGUUUCCACUUCAAGAGUGAAAUGGGUAAAAUUGUUCUCAUGUAUUUUAGUGGGCCCCGUGUUUAGUCUGUUCAUGGUCCUUUAAACUGCUGUGAAUUUUUUUGUCUUGACUUGAAAUCAAGAAUAGAGAAACACUUUAAAGAGAUAUUUUGUUUUUUUCCCAUUCCAGAAUUGCUGAGCUUAAUCAUAUUUUGUUUUACAUUUACAGUCAUGAACUCUUAAGCUGGCAGCUACAACAAAGAACCAAAAAAUGGUGCACGCACUCUGCUUCUUGUAACUCAUCUCUGCUAACAGGUUACAAGAAACAGGAUUAUUAAUUAGGGGAAAUAUUUUAUUUGGGUUGUUUUCAUAAACAGGGGACUGUAACUUUGUACAUUGUUUUACAUCUUUGUUGUUUCUUUAAGCAGUCCAGUGUGCCACAGUUAUUUGAAGGUGUUCCCUACGAGAAUUGUUUGAAAAGUGUUCUUGUUAUAAAAGUAGUUGUAGAUAUAUUUCAAAUAUAACUGGUGAUUUUUAAAAGCCUGAGUACUGACCUAAGAAGCAAUUGUAUGACUUCUACUCUAGAGGGAAGGGAUCUCAAUGGGUGUUGUGUGACUUUUAUAUUUCUGUGCCAUCAAAUAUAGGUCAAAUGAUUGAUUGUGCAAUUCUGCUGUUUAAACGGCAACUAUUGGCCUCCUUGGCCCUAAAUGAAAGGGCUGAUAUUUUAAGUUGCCUAUUUUAUUGUAAAUUAAUCCAUCUAAUUUUUAAAUCUUUGGUUGAAUGUUUUUCUUUUCAAAUGUUUAAAAAAUAAAAACUGGAAGUUCUUUGCUCAGUUAU